AUGAGCUCGGAGGCGGCGGUGGCUCUGGAAGCGGAGGCGGUGGAAACCAGUUCUCUGUCUCUCUGUCUCUCUCCGUUCGUGUCGUGUGCAGUGGUGCCCAACGCUCUGCUCAGCGCUGCCUCUGUCUCUUUCAGGGACGACCACGGCGGAGACCCGUAUCACGGCGGAGGGUAUGACCUGCCGUAUGGGGGCGGUGGGGGCCCCAGCUACGCCCCCCCCCAGCCCUGGGGACACCCCGAUAUCCACCUCAUGCAGCCGCAUCAUGGCAUUCCCAUCCAGGCCAGGCUGGGCAACGUGCACGACCUGGAGCUGGGCCCCCCGGCGCCCGUCAUGAAGAGCUUCAAGGAGUUCCUGCUGUCCCUGGACGACUCCGUGGACGAGACCGAGGCGGUCAAGCGCUAUAACGACUACAAGCUGGACUUCCGCCGGCAGCAGAUGCAGGACUUCUUCCUGGCGCACAAGGACGAAGAGUGGUUCCGGUCCAAGUACCACCCCGACGAGGUCGGCCGCAGGAAGGCGGAGGCCCACAGCGCCCUGCAGAACCGCCUGGGCGUCUUCAUGUACCUGCUGGAGAACGGCUGGCUGGACAACAUCUCCCUGGACAUCGACCGCGCGCCAGCCAUCAUCAAGAUCCUGGACGCCGCUGUGAUCAAGAUGGAGGGGGGGACGGAGAACGACCUGCGGAUCCUGGAGCAGCCCACGGAGGAAGAGGAGGAGCGAGGCGGGGGCGGGGCCGGGGGGGCAGCCGAGCCGGCCAAGAGGGAGGAGACGCGCGGUGGGGACAGCGAGCGGAAGCCCCCCGCUGACAAAGAGGACAAGGAGAAAAAGGGCGAGAGCGGGGGAGGCAGUGGGGAGGAGAAGCUGAAGAAAGGAGGAGAAGAGGAGCAGGGGGAGAAGUCCAGCGCGAAGGAAGAGUCCGAGCCCAAGAAGCUGAGCAAGAAGAGGAAGAGGAAGCGCAGCGGAGACAGCGAGGAUGAGCCCAGCGCCUCCGACAGCGACUCCGACUCGGAAUCCGGGAGCGAGAAACCGGCCAGAGAUGAGGAAAGGGAGGACGAGGAGGAGGAUGAGGAGAAGGAGGAGGUGGUGGUGAAGGAGAGGAAGGAGGAGAAGCUAAAGGACCGGGAGAAGGAGAGAGAGCGAGAGAGGGAGGAGAAGAAAGUGAAGGAGAAGGAGGUGGAGAUACCGCCCCCCCGGCCGCUGCACAAGACCUGCUCCUUGUUCAUGAGGAGCAUCGCCCCUACCAUCUCCAAAGCAGAGAUUGUUGCUCUGUGUCGGCGGUAUCCUGGGUUUAUGCGAGUGGCCCUGUCAGAACCCCAGCCUGAGCGCAGGCUCACGCCGUGUCUCCUCUCCCGCCGCCUGCAGCUGCCGGCCCAGAACCCGAUCCUGAAGAACAUCACGGACUACCUGAUCGAGGAGGUGAGCGCCGAGGAGGAGGAGCUGCUGGGCAGCGCCGGGGGCGGGGAGCCGGAGGAGGGCGUGAAGGAGGGCAACCCUGCGGAGAUCACCGUGGAGAGAGACGACAAGCUGGUCAAGGUGCUGGAUCGUCUCCUGCUGUACCUGCGCAUUGUUCAUUCCAUCGACUACUACAACACCUGCGAGUACCCCAGCGAGGACGAGAUGCCCAACCGCUGUGGCAUCAUCCACGUCCGAGGGCCCAUCCCCCCGAACCGCAUCACGCACGGCGAGGUGGCCGAGUGGCAGAAGACCUUCGAGGAGAAGCUGACCCCUCUCUUCAAUGUGCGGGAGUCGCUGUCCGAGGAGGAGGCCGUGAAGAUGGGCCGCAAGGUCCCGGAGCAGGAGGUGGAGAAGUUCGUCUCGGCCAACACGCAGGAGCUGGGCAAGGACAAGUGGCUGUGCCCCCUGAGCGGCAAGAAGUUCAAGGGCCCCGAGUUCGUGCGCAAGCACAUCUUCAACAAGCACGGCGAGAAGAUCGAGGAGGUGAAGAAGGAGGUGCUCUUCUUCAACAACUUCCUGAUGGACGCCAAGCGCCCCUCCCUGCCCGAAAUCAAGGCCCCGCCGCCCCCCGGGCCUGGCCAGGGCGUGCUCAGCCCAGGGCUGCCAUACCCCCACCAGUCGCCCCAGGGGCUGAUGGGAUACGGCCAGCCCCGUCCGCCAGUCCUGGGCUACGGAGGAGGGGGCCCUCCGUACCCACCGAACCAGUAUGGGGGCGGCCGGGGGAACUACGACUCCUUCAGAGGACAGGGGGGAUACCCUGGGAAACCCCGAAACAACAGGAUGAUCCGCGGCGACCCGCGCGCCAUCAUCGAGUACCGCGACCUCGACGCUCCUGACGACGUUGACUUUUUUUAGCCCUGUUUUUACUGUCUCCGAACACGUUCGCUUUCUAUUUUUAAUUAAGUUUUGGUUUUUGUUUCUUUUGUCCUCCCCCCUCCCUUUCUGUAUGGUAAGUUUACACAGUGCAGCUGCACCAUAUCAGAGCAUCUGUGUACGUUCUGUUCGUCUUUCUUAAAUAUCUCGGCCACUUAGAGUUGUAUCCCUGCCAUUUUCCAUUAAUAAAAAUAAACAUUGGAUCCACA